AUGGAUUGCGAUACCCGAUGCUCCGACUUGACGCUCGUCUACCCGAUUCUUCUAAAGCUGACACCAGAUCGAUCCCGACUUUGCGAGGGACCGAUACCAGAUGGAUUGUCCAACCUUGACCGCACUUGCUCGUCCUUGGAGUGUCAUCCCGGCUUGGAUGCAGUCUUCCCGCCUCUUCAUGCAGCUCGAACCUUCCCGAAGAGGAAGUCGCAGUUCUGCAUCUGCUCCUUCCCUGCCGGUGUCUGUAUUCCUCGCCGUCGUUCCUUCCCUGUUUCUGCUUCGAGCGAUCUUAUGAACAUGCUGCUUGGGCUGGCUAAAAACACUCAGCCCACCACGCAGGCUAGCUCCAAAAGGGAAAUGCUCUGUGCCUUCCACCCAUCCUUUUUCUCCUCCCCAUUCCUGGCCACCAUCGGCCCUUCCUCCUCUUUUAUCUGUCCUCCUGUUUCGAUGCCUGGCGCUGCGGUCAUGCCCAGAGGGGACAUGACCAAGAGCGAGUACCUGCACAGUGGCAGGCCCAGCUGGCGAAAACACAAAGAGUGCCACCCCGCAGAGAAGCGAGGAGAGUCAGCCGAUAGGGAGACUGAUGGUGGUUGGGGAUUACAUAUGCAGAUUGACAACUCUGUAUCGUCCUGGUCAAGGUUUCUACCCUACGGGGAGUUUUCCUUAGCUGUAACCCGAAUGGGAGGAUAG